CCGGUGCCAGUCAUUAGCGCACGGGUCGACCUUCCGGCUGUCGCCGCAAUGCUAGUCAUCAAGCCUUUAGCCAGUUACGGAUGUUUAAUUUGUGGUUUCAGAUGUUUCUCCAGUCAAAUGAGCAUCCUCCAUUGGAGAUAUUGGCAUAACGCUUUUAUCGCUCCGGCACCGUCUCCAUCCGCAAUGUUCCGAUAUCAAGAUGACGAUCCAUCGCUGUCAAAAUCGAAUAAAAAGUCAAGAUGGCCCGAUUCUCCUCUUAAUCGCACGAGUCCAGCAGCUGUGUCAACCCAAAAUCCAUUGGCGUUACUUGUUCAAUCUAGACAUCCCAGACGAUUGAUUGCAAGUUUCAAGGACAAGAGUGUUGAUACGGCCGUGCCUCCCGGAAGUAAAAAUUGGUCGUGUACGCAAUGUGGCAAGCAAUUCCGGCGCUCGAGCACACUAGCAACGCAUCGUUUGAUCCAUUCGGGAGUUCGUCCUUUCAGCUGCCAUUUCUGCUCGAAAAAAUUCUACCAGAAUUCUGAUCUCAAGAAACAUAUCUUCGUUCACACAGGUGAAAAGCCUUACCGAUGUCACCAAUGCGGUAAAACCUUUAGCCAAUCUUCCAACUUGUUAACUCAUCAACGGAGACACGCCGGAACUCAUCCGGGUCGUCGGCGCGUUUCGGUUCAACCCCCUCCGCCACAAGCAUAGCUAGUUUACAGCUAAUUCUUUGGUCUAA